AUGAUGCUGGCUAUCUCAGAUAGUCUUGUCCUCAUAUCCAAUACCUUUUUGGAUGAUUUCCUCGGACGUGGAUUAUACUAUCUAACAAAUGAAAGAAUUAUGAUCAAACUAGACACUUAUUCAUUAACCUCAUGUCGUAUUAUGGAAUUAAUCGGUUGUUGGUUUGUAUUCAAUUCUGGUUGUCUUCUUGUGGCAUUUAGUAUCGAUAGAGUGAAUUGUUUAUUUUGGCCGUUAAGAUGUCGAUCCGAUGGUGGAAUUGGUAUAGCAACACUGGCGUGUAGUUUCAUUAUUGUUAUUGGGUUUAUCUGA